CUUGAAACAUUACAGCAUAAGGCAACACGUCACUUUUUAUUAAUAUGCCUAUUUUGCUUAUUUUUAUUAAUAUGCUUAAGUGUCAUUAUAUUAGUUUUGCGUAAACUAACACGGCGGCUGUUUUUGCCUUAUCCACAGAACCAUUAUGGUCGUGUGCAGUGCUGUUCGGUUCCGGUUGAUUCAGUCCCGCAGUGCUGUGAGAUUUGAGAGCCGAAACGUUCGCAGCAGCCACACCAGUCUAUCAGCUGGAGAUAUCAGAGAAAAACUGCGGGCGUUUCCAGGAGGAUCCAUAGACCUGAAGAAACGAGAGUCAGGCAUGGCAGUGAUCACUAUCAAUAACCCAGCACGCAUGAAUGCCUUCUCAGGUAGCAUGAUGCUUGAAUUGGAGGAGCGGGUGCAUGAGCUUGAGACCUGGUCAGAAGGGAAAGGGGUCAUUGUACAGGGUGCUGCAGGAACAUUCUGCUCUGGAUCUGAUCUGAAUGCGGUCAGAGCAAUAUCAAACCCACAGGAUGGGAUGAAGAUGUGUGAGUUUAUGCAGACCACUCUUACAAGACUCCUUAGGUUGCCACUCAUCUCUGUGGCACUGGUUGAAGGAAAAGCGUUGGGUGGUGGGGCAGAACUCACGACUGCCUGUGAUUUCAGGUUGAUGACGUCUUGCGGGGUUAUCCAGUUUGUCCAUAAGCAAAUGGGUUUAGUACCCGGUUGGGGAGGAGCUUCAAGGCUGGUUCAUAUCGUUGGCAGCCAGAAUUCCUUGAAAUUGCUUGCAGGGGCUAAAAAGGUUGAUCCAGAGUUUGGAAAACAGAUUGGACUGGUCGAUGAGGUGCUCCAUUGCACUUCUGGUGAGAGGAAUACGCUAGAUCAGGGAGAGCAGUGGCUCAGCCAGUUCAUUAAAGGGCCAGAAGCAGUCAUCCGAGCUGUUAAAAGAGUUGUUCUCUCAGGACGAGAGCUUCCAUUGGAAGAAGCACUUACAGCUGAGAGAAAUGUGUUUGGAACAGUUUGGGGUGGUCCAGCCAAUCUUGAGGCGCUGGCUUUGAAAACAAAACAUAAGUAACUGAGAAUAUCAGCAUUAGUUAAAGUGAUACUUCACCCAAAAAUGAAAAUUCUGUCAUCAUUUACUCACCUUCGAGUUGUUCUACAUGUGUAUACAUUUCAUUGUUCUGAUGAACACAGAGAAAGAUAUUUGGAAUAAUGCUUGCAACCAAACAGAUCUCAACACCCAUUGACUCAUACAGUAGAAAAAAAUUACUUGAUCAUUUUUUUUGUUCUGUUGAACACAAAAGAAGACAUUCUGAAGAAUGUAGGACAGCAAACAGUUCUGGUGCACUUUUGACUACCAUUGUUUUUUCCCUACUAUGGUAGUCGAUGGGUGUUGAGAUCUGUUUGGUUGCAAGCAUUAUUCCAAAUGUCUUUCUCUGUGUUCAUCAGAACAAUGAUCUGUUGAUCUGUUUGGUUGUAAGCAUUAUUCCAAAUAUCUUUUUCUGUGUUCAUCAGAACAAAGAAAUUUAUACACAUUUGGAACAAUGCGAAGGUGAGUAAAUGAUGACAGAAUUUUCAUUUUUGCGUCAAGUAUCCCAAGAAGUACGAUUUUUGUUCAAUCACAUAAUAAACAGUGAAUGUCUGUACUUGCACACACACAAAACACUAAUAAAUUACCCAUUUUAUAAUCCAUCUGUUGCUUUUUUGUGCCUUUUGAUAAUGAUCAAACUCUGACCUUCCAGUGGAUGUGUGAAACUUCAAACUCAUAUUUCAUAGGCAGGGAAAAUUCAAACUCAUGUAACUUUUCUCCCAAUCUUUUUUCCCAAGGAAAAAGGUACCCGGUGUGGUUUUCUGCUUCUGUAGUCUGUUUUAGGGUUUGACAUGUUUUUUCUGUGUUCAUAUCUCCAUUGUAACGAGCAGUUAUUUGACUAUUUUUUUCCUGUUUCCUGCAUCGCUGCCGGCAGCUUGUUUGUAUCAGUGCGCUUCCCACUUCGCUCUAAUAUUAGUGUAUUUUAUUAUCGUUAAUUAUUAUUGUCGUUGCUAACUUAUCCUGAUAUCUCAAUAACCCUGUUCCUGUUAUUUACUUGGAAGAGUCUAAACCAAAAGUGAUAGUUAACUUAACGCCGUUAGCAUAGCAAUAGCGUGUUAGCUUGCUUUCUGUUCACACUGUGGAAUAUCAUCUUGCCUCUGGUUUGUCUUGUGUGCUAACUGUUUCUCUUUUUAAGCGAGUAUACUACGAUCCAUCGAGCAACCUUGGUAAGUUGGAAUUGCACUUCAAAUCCGGUGAG